AUUGAUGUGUGUAUAUAUGUUUCAAAUUGCAGUGCAAUUUCCAGGCAUCUGACAAAUAAAUACACUGAUGAUCACCAAAGCAAUUCCAUCUGUAUUGAACAUAUGAACGAGAAGAAGAAGAAGAAGAAGAAGGUAAAAAAAGACGAAAAAUUUCCCCGUCGAAGAGAGAGAGAAAGACCGUUCGCCAUAUUUAUAUUUGUUGUUUAUUCGUCUUUUGGUGUGAGAUCUGUGUGCUUUUUCAUUUUUCGAUUCGAUUGGAUUUUUUUUUUGCUCGACAACAGAAUAUCCGUCAAGUGAAAUAGUGUACGACAAAAAUUAUGUGAAAAAUACGGAAAAAUAAAAACAUACGCAAAUUAUCCCAAAAUAGUUGAUAAUGAGACCAUAAACUAAAAUAAAUCUUCUGUUUUUCUCUGCCCGUUGUCGUCUUGCAGUCGAAAAAAAUUGCAUUUGGAUACGUGAAAAGUGUUCGAAAUUUCAAAACAAAGAGAAGACGUCGAUGCCUUCUUCUUUUUCUUCAUUGUGUUUUCAUUUUGAUUUCGUGCCUCCAUUCAUGUUGAUGUGUUUUCUGGGCAUAUUUAUGAGAGCAAAAAAUUCCGAAUAGAGUCAAAACAAGUAAAGCAAAAAGGAAAAGUUUUGAGUUAAAUAGCAGAAAAUAGUGAGAGAAAGCAAACAAAAAAUCCUGUUUUUUUUGUCAUCGUUCAGUAUCCCAUACUACAAAUAAAAUAAAAUCGGAGUAAAAAUGUUUUGAAUGGAAAAGAUUGUGUUGUUGUUGUUGGAUAUAUAGUCGAAAUCGUGUAAAAAGAAUCGUGAAAUUUAUUUGCAACACAGCAUCUCACAUUAGGCUUAUCAAUUUACAGUGAAGUAAAUUUGGAGCAAAAAAACCGUAAAUUGAAGUGUAGUUAACGAAAAGAAACAAAGUUAGUAGGCAAAGAAAAAAGUUACCGAAAAUAGCCAUCGUAGCGUUUGCGGAGAUGUUGGUGCAGGCCCGUUGAGAGAGAUUUACUCAUUUUUGCACAAAUCGAAACUGGUAUGACAUCACAACAGCAACAACCGAAUAACCAGCAAAACCAACAGCCAGCUGCAGCUAACGCCAACAACGCCGCCGCCGCCGAACAAGCACAAGAAGUGGUUCAGCCGGAAUGGAAUGCUGAAGAAUGUGAUCGAUUUAGUUUCGAUGAUUCGGAUAGAUUUGAAGAGGAUUCAUUGUGCAGCUGGAGCUCAGAGCCGGAAAGUUUAUGCAACAAUUGGCGAGGAUGGAAACGUCCGACGACCAACAGUAACUUUGGAAUUGGAGGACUUAGAAAGCACGAUGAAAAUCCAGUGACAACCCUCACAGAGUUAGCAGCAAAAUGUGUGGCAUCAUUCAUCCCAUUUGAAUUGGUGGAGCAUGUAUUUCCGCCAGUUCCCGAGCAAUUGCAAUUGCGCAUCGCUUACUGGAGUUUCCCCGACAAUGAGGAGGACAUUCGGUUGUACUCAUGUUUGGCGAACAGUUCGGCCGAUGAAUUCCACCGAGGCGACCAGCUGUAUCGAAAUCGAUCAGUUAAAGAACCACUGCAAAUAGGAUUUCAUUUAUCGGCUACGGUGAUUGGAACGCAGCCGCGUGCUCAAUUCAAUGUCGCUGUGACAUUUGACCGAAGGCGAAUCUCAUCAUGCAAUUGUACAUGCUCAUCGACGGCAUACUGGUGUUCUCAUGUAGUGGCCGUUUGUUUGCAUCGCAUUCAUUGUCCACAAGAAGUCUGCUUGAGGGCGCCAGUUUCGGAGUCUUUGACACGUUUGCAACGUGAUCAACUACAGAAAUUCGCUCAAUAUUUGAUUAGUGAAUUACCGCAACAGAUCUUACCGACAGCACAACGACUUUUAGAUGAGUUAUUAAGUUCACAACCAACAGCAAUAAAUACUGUGUGCGGUGCACCAGAUCCAACGGCCGGCGCGUCGGCAAAUGACCAAACCAAUUGGUAUUUGGAUGAGAAGACAUUACAUGAGAAUAUCAAGAAAAUUUUGAUAAAAUUCUGUUUGCCCGCGCCAAUGGUCUACAGUGAUGUGAACUAUUUGACGAGUUCAGCGCCGCCAGCGGCAACUGAAUGGAGUUCAUUGCUACGGCCACUUCGUGGUCGUGAACCAGAAGGAAUGUGGAAUCUAUUGUCAAUUGUUCGGGAGAUGUAUCGACGUUGUGAUCGAAAUGCGAUUCGCUUGCUGGAGAUCAUUACCGAAGAGUGUAUGGCAUGCGAUCAAAUCUUAGUUUGGUGGUUCAACACAAAGCUAUCGAUGCUGGUUGGAACGGGCGGCCACAAUGGCGGUAAACAUAGCAAUACUCAUUCAAAUUCAAAUGCAUCUCAACAUGCGUGCAGUUCAUUGUGCGAUGAAAUUGUAGUGUUGUGGCGUUUGGCAGCGUUAAAUCCAGGCCUGGCACCUGAGGAACGCGACAUGCUACACGCUCAAUUCACCACAUGGCAUCUCAAAAUUUUGGAUCGCGUUACAAAAUGUCGCGUCCAAAGUUCAUCGUAUAGCAAUAAACAUUCACAACAUUUGCGCUUGGAUGCGGAACUCUUCACCGGGUUCAAGCCGGCAAUUGAAGCAUGCUAUUUAGAUUGGGAAGAUUAUCCAAUCUUAGGUGUGACACAUACUCAAGAUACAAAUCCGAUGUAUCAUUGUCCGUUCACAUGUUUCAAACAAACGGAAUCGUCAAAGAGCGAAACUACGAACAGUCAAGUGAACUCAAGCCAAGCGGUUUUGUCGGCCAAUCAAAAACACUACACAUACAUGAUAACCGAUCAUCAUAAUCAAUUGAAACGCAUUUUUCGGCCGUACCAGUCGAGCAGCAACGGCAGCAGCAACAGUAGCAGUGACAGUGUCAAUGUUCGAUUGGCCACUUUGCCGAAUGAACGCGAUGAUAUUCGAUCGUCGACAUCGAGCGAAGGCUUUUGCGAGAAUGAAGAUGAUGGCAUUGACAGUGGCGGAAAUGUGGUGAGCUCAAGUUCAGGCGGUAAUGGAAAUAAGAAAGAGCGCACGUCGAAAAAAUGUAAAGCAAUCAAUUCGAAUUCGGCAAUUGAUGAUGCACGUGCUGAUUGCGAAUCUCCGAUCUCAACAAAUUCAAGCUCUAACAAUAGCAUUAGGUGUUCCAACUCAAUUAGCAUAACAAAUAAAAUGGGCGCUGGCAUUGAAACAGCCAACGAACAAAACAUUAAUUCUCAAUCGGAUCUAGCAAUUCGAUUGCAAUCACCGAUGAAAUGCAUCGCAAACGAUUGCAAUUUGGCUGGCUGUUCAUUGCAGAUCAAUGCAACCGUGGCGUCUUCAAAGGCGAAAAAUGAAGAAUCCAUCGAGAAAAGCGAAGAAAAAUCGGAUGAUAAAUCCAGCAUUCAAUCAACAUCCGAUGCGGGUGAAAGUAAAGAUUCAUCAAAGACAUCGUUUGAUGAUGCUAUUCCAUCUACAUCGAAAGCCGUAGUGGACAAUUCCAAAGCAUCGACAUCGAAAGACGUGAAAAAUAAGAAAGAUGAAGCGAUUCCAUCGACGAGCAAAGGAAUUGCCAGCAAAGAACAACAGCAAGACAAUGAAGCCGAACGCCGGCCAUCGAAAGAUGACAGUUUGUCCAGUUCGGGCAGUCAACAAUCAAUGGACGAAUAUAACAUUUACUCUUACGACACAUCGAAAGGCUAUCAACAGAAAUUGCAAGAGCAGUACGCCCUAGAAAAGGCAAAAAUUGAGCAAGGAAACAAGGCACAGAUAUUCUCAAACAUAAAACCAACCGAAGAUGCAUGGGAUAUUUUGUUUGCCCGAGCUGAAGGAUUGCAUGCUCACGGUCACGGUAGAGAAGCGUGCACUUUGGCAGUGCGUUUAGCCGAAGAGAUGUUGGCCAAUCCACCGAAUUUGAUGAUUGAAAUACCGCCGCCGGUGAAGCAGCGCAAGGGCAAAAAACACAUCGUUAAUCCGAUUUCACAUCAAGUGAGUGUUUUGGCUUCGGCCACUCUCGCCAAAUGUGCAUUCUUAUGCACCGUUUUGGCCGAGAACUCGGAGCAUUAUCAUUUGGCGUUCCGUAUAUGUUUAUAUGCAUUGGAAAUGCAACGACCACCGGCCAGCACAAAACCACUCGAAGUGAAAUUGGCCAAUCAAGAGGCGGAUCUGUUGGGUCUGCUUAAGCGUAUACCGCUCGGAAUGCAGGAACUUCGAGUGAUUCGUGAACGGGCCGAAUCGCUGCGAGAAGGUACGUUGAGAUCUCGUGGCGAAGCAUUGUUACCAAUUAUGUUGGCCAGUUUUAUAUUCGAUGCUCUGGUCAUGCCAUCGGUGUCGGGCAAAGAGACACGCAUGAAAGUCAUGAAUAUGUCAUACCGUUUGCCAACCGAUGAAAAUCUGGGCUUUGAAGCAGCCGUUGCUGCCCUCGGUCUCAAAGCAAACGUAUCGGAAGCCGAACAUCCAUUGUUGUGCGAAGGUACACGCCGUCAACGCGGUGAUUUAGCACUCACCCUACUGUACUACUACAAGGAUGAACCGCAUCGUAUCGCCAAAAUUAUGGAAAAACUCUUAGACCGAGACAUUCACACCCUCAUAAAAACACCAUUGUUGCCUUCAUAUUAUUCGAACAAUCCACCCGUUCGGACACCGGCCUCGCAAGCGCGUCGCGACGAACAUGAAAUCGCCGCCCAGUACGCCAACGAAUACUAUCCAAAUGAGUACGGUGUUGCAAAUAGCGGCAGUGCUGGCUCACGACCGCAUAGCAGCACAAGCGCUGAAUUAGAUAUAGGAAUGAAUGCAUUGGCCAUUCAACAGAAUUACGCAUCGAAUCCGAUGCAAAGCCAACCAGUUGGCCCAACCAUUACGAAUACAAGCACUCGCAUGAAAGAUUCACGUUACAAAGGUAAACGAGCAUAUCCAUCCAUUCCAAAUCAACCAUCGGAGGCGAGUGCUCAUUUUAUGUUUGAACUCGCAAAGAAUGUCUUGACAAAGGCAGGUGGCUCGAGUUCAACGCAACUGUUUACACAAGCAACACCCAAUCAGAAUAUGAUUGGACCGCAUAAGACCCUGCACAUGUGUGCAUUCCAGAUUGGCCUGUUUGCACUCGGUUUACACAAUUGUGUCAGUCCAAAUUGGCUAUCACGAACCUAUUCGUCGCAUGUUUCGUGGAUUUUGGGUCAGGCAAUGGAAAUCGGAGCGCCAGCCAUUUCAUUUUUGAUUGAUACAUGGGAAGGACACCUAACACCGCCCGAAGCAGCCAACAUGGCUGACCGUGCAUCACGUGGAUGGGACAGUAAUAUGGUCUAUCCAUCGGCCGAAUUGGCACUUUCAGUUUUACCACAUGCGUCCGCACUCAAUCCAAACGAAAUCCAAACAGCGAUUCUUCAGUGCAAAGAUCAAAGCGAUCAAAUGCUGGAACGGGCAUGCAUUCGCGUUGAAAAUGCGGCCAAAGGUGGUGGCGUCUAUCCGGAAGUAUUGUUCCAAGUGGCACACUAUUGGUAUGAAUUGUAUUUGAAGAAUUCACCCGGCGGCGAACAUGAGCACGACGAUAAUAUGCCGCAAAUGGAUCACAACAUGCAAUUGAGCUCGUUAGUGGAACAUCAUGAAAUGCCGCCACAGCAACAUCAUUCGGACCAACAACCACCGCCGCCGCCGCAAGGGAACCCAAUGCCACCUGGCACGAACAGUCAAAUGGUCGUAUCACAAGCACCUCCACCACAGUUCCAACAGAGCGUGACUCCAGUUGGCGUACCACAUUACGUACCGUACAGUUUUCCGAGCUGUCAAGGAAUCUAUCAUCACCACAAUAUCACUUAUCCACAUAAUCAGAUGCAAAUGUACAUUUCGGCUCCACCGCAAGGUUUUCAAUAUCCACCACAAAAUCAUGCAAACACACAACAACAAGCCCCUCCAUUCGUUCCCGGUACAACAUAUCAAUCGAUGCCACAUCCGCCAAUGCCACCCCAAGGCUAUGCAAUGCAAUGUGCGCCCAAUGUGCAGCCGUUCAUGAUGCCCCAACAGCCUCACAAUCAACCUCAACCACCGGGCAACGUUCCGAUGCAGCCAAACAUGCAAUUCUUUGGUCCACCACCGAAUCAACAGGCACCGCAAGGAAUGAAUAUGCCACAAGGACCACCGUUACCGAAUCUGAGGAAUCAACCACCUCCACAACCACAGCUCGGAAUGCAUCAGCCACCAAACCAACCGAACCAGCAUGGUCCGCAUCACGGGCCGAUGAUGUAUCCACCAUAUGUGCAACAAGGACCACACGCAGCACCUCCACUGCAAACGCGUCAACGGCAUCCAUUGCAUUACAAUCAAAUUCAGUUGCGCUAUCUAAUGGCUGCGUACAACGUUGGAAUGCUCGCGAUGGAAACGCUGUCACGUCGGGUGCACGACGAUCGACCACAGGCAAAAUAUGCUCGAAAUCCACCGUAUGGUGAAGAUGUCAAGUGGUUGCUUCAAGUCUCAAAGAAACUCGGAACACAAUAUCUCCAUCAAUUCUGUGUGUGCGCUGUUAAUUCAAUCAUCAGCCCGUUUGUAUUGCAUGACGUUGCUAUUGAAUCCGCUCAUUAUUUGGCACGGAACAAUCCGACACUUGUUAUGCAGCACUUAAGAUCGGCCUUGACACCGCUCGUUCAGAAAUGUCAACAGAUGUAUAUUCAGUGCAUUCAUGCAAAGCUGUAUCAUUUGACACCAUCCGACUAUGAGGAUUUCGCGAAUAUUAUUCUUGCAGCCAGAGCUGCAUUUCAAAUAACGCCCGAAGGAAAUGCUCAGUUCAAGGACUGGCUUCAAUCGAUCCGACGGUCCAAGCAAUGCAAAAAAGAGCUGUGGGCGCAGAUAAACACCGCCUUGCAAAACAAUUCCAAAUGACAACGACUUGAUUCAGUCAGCUCUGAAGCACAGUCCACAUCAGCUCCAAUGAUGCAAUUCUCAUUUUAAAAGGCGAUAAACAUACAAAUGACAUCCCUUUCCUCGCACACACAGACCCAUAUUCCGCUACAGCUUCAUCAUCACUUAGGAAAUCAUGAAAACUACACAAAAAAAAACAAAAAAUAAAAAAUAUUUUUCUAAUUCUAAGAAUAUUCAAUAUUUAAAAAAAAAAUUGAAUUGAAUUGAGCCAAUUGUUUUUUUCACGUGGCUCGAGCGCGAUCUAUAUAUUGUAUUUUUCUUUUGGGAAAAACAAAAACUAACCAUGAAAUUCUCUUUCGAUCAUCGUAUUUAUUUUUGAACACUUUUGCGAAAGUGUCGACAGUUUACAUUAAAUUAAUCACUUCUCUAACAAAAAAAGUGUAUAAAAUAAUUGCCGUUUUAUGGCUCUUAUCGAUACAUAAAAAAUACACACACACAUUUACAUUAUUUCACUUCUUCAAUUAUCUGAAAGAACCAGAAAAUUAAGGACAACCGAAACAAGUGUUCGUCUAUUUGUUGAAAGUUCAUUCUUUUGUACCUAACUAUUUGGUUCCAAAAACGAAUUUUUUUUUCUUCAUUUGCAUGAAUUCUCCUUCUUUCCCAUCUUCAGUUGUAACCGUCUUUCGUUCUCCUUUAACAAAAAAAAAAACAAACAAACACUAACGGAAAAUGAUAACAAUUCAAUCAUUUCCCAUAGAAAUUUUGUUUUUGUUUGUGCUAUUAAAUUUUGCUCUUCGAAUAAACAAUCGAUGUUACCAA